AUGUCAACAAACCUCGAUGGCGAGAUCGGAGACUUACUUCAGAGGUUGCAGGACAAACUCGAAGAACGGGAUGCUGCGCAGGCUGUCAAUACCCCUCAGAUUCCACGUUCUCCUAGGUCGGGUCUAGGGGGAGAAUACAUCAGCGAGUUAACGCCUCCUACUGGAACGAUGUUCUUCAAACGAGAAACACACACCAUACUCGAUCAAGAGUGGAUCUACAGCGAGAACCCUUCACUUAGGAUGCUACUUGCUAUGCUGAUUUGGCGUGUGGACGUAUAUACUUAUGUUACAAACGCAAUGCCAAACGAUCCUUUCUUCUCGGAGAAAAACGGGUCGAUCUUGGUCGUCUUUGUACAUUCUGGAAUGGUUGGGAAUGCAGGUCCUGGUACUUGCGACACUACCUUACGGGUCGAAUGCCUGGCAGAGUCUGCUAUCAUUCCACAAGCACAACUUCCUCCACAAGAUAGCGGCGUACCUGCUGGUAGGAGGAUAUUGAAUUAUACGAUAUCGUACGAAGAGAGAUUAUCGAUGUUCAACAAUGGUGGCAAUGGUGUCUUCGACUUCUAUGCGAGGUAUAAAGAGGAUUUCAGUCGCCGGAAUAGCGAGCAGAUUUCGAGGGUGAUUCCGAAUGGUUGCGAGUUGGGUGUAAGAACGCCUACGAAAUCAGACGAAUAUCUCAAAAUCGCUGGCGUAAGCAUCUUCCACACGGCAGAUCCCAAAGGGUUUCCAGCUUACUUCGACUUACGUGCAAAUGUCGUCUGUGCCAUUGGAGGUUUCAAGAACAUGGCCCACAGUUGA